UAUGAACUCAUAUCCACCGUUAACGAUGGAGUCAAAUAAUCAUUUCAACUAUGGCACCCACUCCUCAGCAAACUCAGGACUGAAACUCUCCUCAGGGGAUUCUCUUUAUACUAACGGGUCCUCCAUGAGUUUUCCUCAGCAGGGGAAGAAUAUGAAUGGCGAAAUGAAUGUGAAUGGCGUCACUACUGUACUUGGGUCCGGUAUGUCUGGUUCCCACCCACCAACAGCUCCUUACCCACACAUGAGCAACCACCACCAGAGCAGCAUGGGCUAUGACUACUUGUGGGGAGGACAUCCCCAGUAUGGUCCAGCCAUGGGCACCUCUCCUGGACAUGGGAUGCACCAGAAGCAGCCUACACCUGGGAUGGUGCAGCCUCAGUCACAGCACCACUUCCAGGGUCAUGGACAAUACCAACUGAAUGGGGGUAUUGAAAGCUCCCACCAGUCCUCUGUGGCAGGCCCACCAAACAUGCCUCUUACUGGGAGUCAGUACUGGAACAGGAGUAACCCUGGCCCACAGCAGAUGAGUUAUAAUUCCCAACGUAUGUAUGGGACCUACCAGAGUCAGACACAUCCUGGAAUUACACCAUCACAGCAUCACCAGCAACAGCCCUUACAACCGCCUCCACAUCAGUCAUCACAGCAGCACCUCCAUUCCCAUCGUCACCCACCCCACCACCACCAGCAGCACCAGCAACCGCAGCAUUAUGGCAUAAUGCCUAAUGGGAUGCCCUACUACCAGCAUCAACCCCAGCACCCGUCCCUGCCGUCUCCACAGCAGCCACCACAGCAGUCUCAGACCCAAGGCCAAGCUCAGAUGAUGCCCCCGGCUGCCCAGAAUUUUACCCCUCCACGUGGCAGCCCACAGCACCAUAGUUUAGGCAGAGGGGGCUCAAGUAGCCCUCUGCCUUUGGGCAUGUCCUCAGCAACAAUGAUGUCACCGUCAACCAUGCAGGAUAGUGGGUCACCCAAGGGCCACAGCAGGGAACGGAGCCCUCAUGCUAGCAAUGUGGGAAUAACUACAGCCAUGCAAGGACAUCCAAGAGAAGCUGUCAAGGAGGUAGACACAAGCUAUAAUGGCAUGGAAAGGGCACCUGUGGCCCAGAGGCUACCCGCAAAUGACAGUUACCAACCCAAACCUGUAGUACCUGCAACUGAUUAUCGUCAGCAUUCUGAACAUUCAGCAGCUCAGCGUCCAGAAAUGACUUCCUCUGUCCGAGAGUCAGCAAUGAAUACACCUCCCCAGUCAGCAGCAUCUCAGCCCUCUGCAUCAACAUCUUUAACCAAGGACUCCACACCUCCUCGGGUCUCUGCCUCUUCUGCUGUUUCUGAGCUUCCCAUGUCUGCCCGUGGGCCCCCUAUAGUGUCAUCUCCUGAAAUAGAAUCUACUCCACCCCAAAUCUCAACACCUCCCCGUGUCUCCUCUGUUGCAUCUCCAGCUGCUCCUCUUAGGCUUUGCUCAUCUCCUGUAAAAGUGCAAAGCCUCAGGCAAGAGAUGUCCCCACCUGGAUCCAAGAAUCUGACAGUGGGGUCCUCUUCUUCCUCCCUGUCUACAUCGCCUGCAAAGUCAUCUUCACCUCUUGCUUCGACUGAUAGUGUGUCUAGACCUGCGGCACUUUCAUCUCCUUCAUUGGAGCCUGUGUCUCAUCCAACCAAGUCUUCUGGAUCUUCUUCAAGUCUCUCCCCUCCUGCCCUAGUGUCUGUGUCUUCUUACUCUGCUGCUCCACCCAUCUCUUCUCUUGAACAGAUGGUUCAAGGGUCCAAGUCACCUUUGAUGGUAUCUGGAGCUCAGCAUGAAAAGCCUGGACCCCCAAACUUAAUGUCUACCACUUCAUCUGUGAGUGCAAAAUCUUCAUCUGUUGGUGUGGCUCCACCUCUAAUUUCACAUACAGCACAAUCACAACCAUCGAUGUCAACAUCAUCUGGCUCUUGUUUAUCAGCAUCUGUAUCUUCCAUGUCAAUGCCAAAAACUCUUUCAUUUGGCAGUAAAUCUUCUGACCCUACACCCGCAACCCAGUGUCAGACAAACACUCCAGCUGCUGACUCUGGUCUUUCUGCUGCCUCUGCAGUGUCAUUACCACCCAGAAUAGUGAACUCACCUCCCCAAGUAGCCCAUGAACGUCCGACAGUCCGACCUCUGUCUACCCUACCUCUUCUAACCACUCAAGCCUCCAGGACUGCACCCGUGUCCACCCCUCCUGCCUUGGUAUCUGUGCCUCCUGCAAUGGGUACAUCUUCUGGAGUGGUUCAAAAUUCAGACUCUGAGCAGCAUCCCUUGAACACCACUCCUCCUCAUGCACUAAAGCAUUCGUCACCCAAGUUAGAGCACCAUGGUCAUAGUGAGGAUGGAAAAUUGUUGGCUAAUGAAAGAAAUGGAAAACCAGAGGAAUCCCUCCCUCAGCUUGAUUCAGGCACAAAAACAACAGCACAGAAGGUGGAAGCUGCUGAGACUAAUGCAUCUGAAAUUCACUCACUCAAAUCUCCCAACGAUCUUUCUGAUAAACCCUUGCAGAUCACAGUUGCUCCUGAUCAAAAGUCCAGUAAUAAACAGAUAGAUUCUGAAAAGCACCACGUUCAGAGCAUCGUCAUCUGUGAGUCAGAGGACUCCAUGGUGGAGCAGACUCCAGUCAGGAAAUCGUCUUAUCUCCACAACAGAAGGGAAGAACAUCUGAGGGACGAAGAAAGUUUUGAUAGCUCUUCACAAUUUGAUGGCCAUUCAACAUUUGACACCCCCACUAAAACUGAUGUAAGUUCUGUCUUGGAAAAACCCUCUCUUGUAGAUGAUGAUAGCUCAUGUGUACAUGACUCCAUUCAAUUUGACAACAGCUGUCUACAGAGAAAGGACACUUCUCGGUUUGACAGUAGUUCGUAUGCAGAAGAGGAAGCCUCCGAUGCAUUUGAUACCAUGAGAGAUAGCAGCUCUUUUGUUGAAGACUCCAGAGAUGACACGCUGGACUCCAUGGAAGGGGAAACAUCUGAGGGACAAGAGACCAAGGACAGCUACCAAGUCACAGGAGAAUCCAUGCUGGAGUCUUCUCUUAACGGCACCUCUCAGGUGGAAGAGCCCUCUGUCGACUCAAGUGAUGUGUCCAACUCACUCUCAUUUGCACCUUCUCAGUCAGGUCAAAAAGGACCUGAGGCAGAGUGGGAGCCCAGAGGACAUGAUACACCAGACUCAGCUGGACGCAUUAGCAUUAAAACCACUGUUAAUGAGACAAUGACUCCACCAAGUUUCAAGAUGAGAGAUGAGAACUUCAUUGCCUUCAGUACCCCAGCAGAGGGCCCUGCUGUGCACCCACUCCAGCCAGUAACUGAUCAGAUUGUGUCAGCUGCUGGAGGGCAUCUGAAAACCCCAGGGAAACCACGCAAACCUCGAGCUCCAAAGGCAAUAUGGAUGAAAACCCCAGCUCCUGAGGAGACCCAGCGGAAGCCUCGGGUUCGAACCCCUAAAGUGGAGAAGAUAAAGACUGAUGAAGAAGGAGGCAAUAAAGAUGAAGGAGCCAAGGGCAGAAAGAGAAAGAAAUCUGUGAGGGUGGAUGUUAAAGAAACAUCAGAAGGAUGUGGAGAGUCUGGGCCACCCACAGCAGAGGUUGAUCCCAUCACAGCCACAAUUGAAGCUGUUCUGGCCAACGCUUCGGCAAUUGACACUUCAGUUGAUAAACCCAAGAAGAUCAAAAGGGUCAAGAAGCAACACCCAGAAGGAAAUGCUGUAAAAACACCUAAACAAGAUCCUGAAAAAUCUGCUGACAACGUUGAUGAGAACGAUGAUGACAGCUCCACUGCAGGUGAAUCUAACAGACGGAGGGUUGCAACUGAGGAGCAGGUUCAGUUCCCACUGCAGCAUGGUUGGAGGAGGGAGAUCCGUGUGAAGAAAAUGGAGAGCCGCAUGAAGGGAGAAACCUGGUAUUACACACCUUGUGGAAGGAGGAUGAAGCAGUUCCCGGAAAUAAUCAAGUACUUGAAGAGACACACGGAUAGUGUGGUCACCAGAGAACACUUCAGCUUCAGCCCACGCAUGCCUGUUGGAGAUUUUUACGAAGAAAGAGAAACUCCUGAGGGUAUGAAGUGGGUGCUCUUGGCCAAUGAGGAGGUCCCCUCUAUGAUCAUGGCCAUCACUGGCCGCAGAGGUCGACCUCCAAAUCCUGAUAAAGAGAAACCUCGCAGGGUUCGUGGCCUGAAGGGAGGGCAGACCCGACGCCCGGGUAGGCCUCCUAAACCCAAGAUGAUCGACCUCCUUAGCAAAGUUGACGCCAAGCUUUUGAAGAGACUGGAGGCCAAGGAGGCCCUCACAGAGGAAGAGAAAGAGAAACUUGCCAAAAUCAAAAAGAAAAUGAAGAGAAAGGCAAGAAUGAAGAGAAGGGAGGAUGUGAAGAUUAAGAAGAUGAAAGAGGAGAAAAAGAGAGCCAAGCUGGAGCAAGAGGCCAAAGACCCAGCGGUGAAGGUCGAACCAACUGACCCAACAGCCCCACAAGUCACACAUCCAGCAUCAGGGACUGCUGCAGAACCCAAGAAGCCUGGCCGCAGGAGGUCAGUCAAGGUUGAGGCUCCUCCACCAAUACAGCAGACUGAUGAGGAGAGGAUAGCCCAGGGUAAGAGGGUGUUGGGUGCUCGGAGUAAAGCCAAGGCUCUGGCUAAAGCCCAGGCGGAGGCAGAGGCGGCAGCUCAGGCUGCUCUGGCAGCUAAGAGGGCGGCAGAGAGGAGAGCACAGGCCCAGAGACGUCUGGAGGAGCGAAAGAGGCAGCAACUGAUCGCAGAAGAGCUAAAGAAGCCCACAGAGGACAUGUGUCUCACUGACCACAAACCCCUGCCAGAGCUGUCCCGUAUCCCUGGUGUGGUUCUUUCUGGCACAGCUUUUGCACACUGCCUGGCUGUGGUUGAGUUCCUACAUGGCUAUGGCAGGGUGAUUGGUCUUAAUGUACCCAAGGACAUCCCCAGCCUUGCUACCUUGCAGGAAGGUCUCUUAGGCCUGGGUGAUAGCCAAGGAGAGGUCCAGGAUCUACUGAUAAAGCUGGUUGAGGCUGCACUCCAUGAUCCAGGCCUACCAUCUUAUUAUCAGUCAGUGAAGAUCCUUGGAGAUAAGCUGGUUGAGUUGCAGCUCACCCGCUCCACGGUCUCAGAAGUACUUCGUAUCUUCCUGGAAUCUCAUGGUUAUGAUACAGAAGUGUGCAACACGAUGAGAACCAAAACAUUUCAUGCUCUGCCUCCUGAUACCAAGGCAGCCAUACUGGGUUUCCUGGUGGAAGAGCUCAACAGCAGCAACAUUGUGACAAGUGACAUUGACAACACAUUGGAAAACAUCGCAACUUACAGGAAGAACAAGUGGAUAAUUGAGGGUAAAUUGCGCAAACUGAAGGCGGCACUAGCGCGUCGUACAGGACGUUCAGAGGAAGAGCUGUGUUUCGAGGAGAGGAGGCGCAGUGCCAGAGUGGCCGAGGAAGAGAAUCUCAGUAUGGAGGAGAGCGGCCUGGUCGUGGAGAGAGGCAACCGUCGUGCACGCAAAGAAGAGCCCAAACUCAGUGACAGUGAAAGUCCUACCACAGCCAGCAUUCCAGAGCUUGAAAGGCAGAUAGAUAAGCUAACCAAGCGUCAAGCAUUUUUCCGAAAAAAGCUGCUACAGUCUACUCAUUCCAUGAGGGCGACAUUGCUGGGCCAAGACCGUUACCGGCGCAGAUACUUAGUGCUACCUCAUCUUGGAGGAGUUCUGGUUGAGGGACCAGAAGAACUGUUGACAUCGGGAGAUGUCCUUGUAGCCGAGGUUCCUGUCACCUUCCUCAAAAAGGAACCAAAAGUUGAGGAGACCCCCGUACCUACCAGCCCCCCUCCUGCUCUACCUUCCUCUCCUUCCUCUGCUACCCCUGCCCAGGCCCAGACCUUGUCUCCUGAGGAGGACCCCCUACCUGGCACUGCAUCCCUCAUGAGCAGGCCAAGAGGAAGAGGACGACCUCGAAAAAUCAAACCAGAAGUGGAGCUUCACCUCCGCACUGCAAAGAUUCGCCGCCGGCGUCGAAGUAGCGUGAGGUCUGGAGGGGAAGAGGGUCCAGGUUCACCAAACAGUGGCACCCAAGACCUCACACAGGCCGCUUUCCAGAGCUGGCUCAGCCAGUCACAGGAAGCAGUGACUAACGGCACAUUCUCAGCACCAGGGGACGCUCCAGAGGGCAAUCGACCAGAGGAGAGUGUGAAGGAGAUGGCAGAGAAACAGGGACAGUGGUUCAACCUGCUCCCUAAACAACCGUGUGAUGAUAACUCUCUAACCGAGCCUCAGAUACCCAACUCACCUGGUUCACCCCCUAAACUCCUUCCUCAGAUCCCGAGUGCUCUGCCUGCUCUCGCUGCUGCAGUCAUGCAGCCAGACCAGCUCUUGCCUGGCGUGGCUCCAGCUGACUCUGCGACUCCAGUAACGCCACAGGAUGUCCCCCCUCCACCUUCUGAUGCUGUUGUUCCUGGUUGUGCCCCAUUAGCACCUCCUCAGCUUCUUCCAGCCCCCAUUCCUCCUGCAAAGCUCACUCCCACUACACCUGCCAGGCCUGGUCGCAGGCGGAGGAGAAGUAGCAGAGGAAGUAGUCCUGCCCGCAGGGGGAUGAGAGGAUCUGCAGCCAAGCGUCGUGGCCGUCCUCCCAACUCUGUGUUCCAAGAGCUCGAGCAGCAGUACUUUACACAACUUGUGGUCAAGCCCAUACCAGCAUCAAUGGUGCGUGGCUGGUGGUGGAUAAAGGAUCCAGAAGAACUUUAUAACACUUUACAGGCCCUCCAUCCAAGGGGCAUCAGGGAGAAGGUGCUCCAUAAGCAUUUGGCCAAACACAUGGAGAGCUUAGCCGAGAUGUGCACCAAACCUAUCAACGACUCUUUGUUUGAGUUGAAGGUAGAGGACAAGGAUGUCCUAAUGGAAGAACUGCAGAAGCCCUGGCAAGUGCAGGAGAAGGCAGUGGAGACUGACAUCAACGUCCUAAAGUGGGUGGAGGACCUGGAGCAACGGGUCAUUGCCGCUGACCUCCAUCUCAAGGCUCUUCCCCAGAGUGCAGUGAGUGAUGCUGAAUCUAACACAGAGACACCAGUGGCAGAAUUUCAGCCCUACACAAUCCCAGAUCCAGACUCCACACGUGAUGACCUCCAGUACUAUGAACAUGACGCCGAUCCAAACGAUGACUGGAUUGUGCGAACUAAGAAGGAGUGGUCUGGCCUGCCGCGUAUCGCCACACACCCGCUGGACUUGGCCGUGCUGCGAUUGGCCAACCUUGAGCGCAACAUUGAGAGACGCUACCUGAAGGAGCCGUUGUGGAACCCAGCUGAAGUGAUGCGCCUGGCUCCCCUCACCCCGACCCCGGGAGAAGAGCAUCCCAUGGAUGUCAUCAGUUUGGAAAGUGAGAUCACGUCUCGGCUACGAACAUGGCGACAAGCCCUCGAUCGCUGCCGCAGCGCUCCCCAAGUCUGUCUGUGUUUACUUCAGCUGGAGAAGGCCAUUGCUUGGGAGAGAUCUGUGACUAAAGUGACUUGCCAGGUUUGCAGAAAGGGAGACAAUGAUGAUUGCCUGUUGCUGUGUGACGGCUGUGAUCGUGGCUGCCAUAUGUACUGCCUAAGGCCCAAAAUCACUGAGGUGCCAGAGGGAGACUGGUUUUGUCCUACCUGUGUUUCCCAGAAGGAAAGUAAUUCACCUCGCUCAUGCAAGAUGAGGACCAGGGUGAAAAAGAGAAGAUAUGAAGAUGACAGCUCCGAAGAUGAAAUGACAACGCGGCGUAGUGGCGGCAUGUCAACACGGUACAAGGAAACUGUAGCUUCCUCCUCAUCUUCCCGUAGCUUGGGAGAAGGAGGCACCACUAAACGUCGUCGCAUGACAACCCGCAACCAGCCUGACCUCACCUUCUGCGAGAUCAUUCUGAUGGAGAUGGAGGCUCAUGCUGAUGCCUGGCCGUUUCUUGAACCUGUCAACCCCCGACUGGUGCCAGGUUACCGCCGCAUUAUCAAGAACCCCAUGGACUUCCUCACCAUGAGAGAACGACUGCUACAGGGAGGGUACUGCAGCUGUGAAGAGUUUGCAGCAGACGCUCAGCUUGUAUUCAACAACUGUGAGCUGUUUAACGAGGACACGUCGGAGGUGGGAAUGGCUGGACACGCCAUGAGGCGCUUUUUUGAGAGCCGCUGGGCGGAGUUUUACUCAAAUAAGGACAAAUAGGAGCGUACAACGUCCCCCCCUCGAUGGUGGGACUAUAUGCUGUUGGUGCUGUCACCGUCCCAGUCACACACUCUCCAUUACUGCUAAGACUGGAGAUUCUGCCAGCUAUGUGUACUCUCUCAUGUAUAGGUAUAUAUGUAUAGAUUUUGGCUAUUUGUCUGUUAUUGUUUCCUCUACCGGCCUAAUCUUUUCCAGGCCCACAGCUGAACUGGCUUGAACUUGUACCCAUUCACCAUCACAGAGAAUGAGAACAUGCCUCUUUUCACCUUUCCUUCCUCUUUUUUUGUGUCUCCUCAUCCUCACCUCAGCACCUCAUCUCCUGUUUGCUUUCUCCUGUCACAACCUUUCCCAAGCCCCAUGUCGUAGCGAGGCCUUUGGUCAAACCCUGCUGUGGGGCAAUGAUCCGGCCUCUGCCCCUGAGUGUUUUGACUCUCAGACUCUUACAGGGGCUACUCACACUAUUGCAGCUUAUCAGCUGCAUACUGGACCUGCUUAGCACCGUUCAACAACAAAAUGAAUCAAAACUUCACUCAGCUCGGGCCAUUUCUUACCUGUUCAAUGGAAACGUAAUGUAACGUGGUCUUAUGCCGAGAAGUAAUUUUUUUCCUCCAAUAUAUUUUUAUUAUAUAUUCUAUAUAUAAAUAUAUAUAAAGAUUACAAUAGCUGGGAUUAUUUAAUAGCAAUAGCUUGUAGUGAAGUGUACAGAUUACCUUAUAGAGAUGUCUAGACGAUUUAUGAAAAGGCCAGUUAAGCUAAAAGGAAUCUGUUCUUGGACUGUCACAAGUAGACUUUGUAUAACCUCCACUUAAAGUCUUGCACGCACACAUGAAACACUUUUCACCAACACACAAACAUGCAAAUGACUUCACACAUAUCCCACCUUUGCUGCUGUGUGAAAGACACUGGUUUCUGAAACUGGAGGAAUUUUUUUUCAUGUUGUCAGUCAGUCUGCAUUUAGACUCUUAAAUUUCACUGUCCCUCUUGUGAAGGAGCAAAUAGUCAGCAGCGUUGCACCUAUUUUGUGUCACAGACUAUACAACUGAAGGGAUGCUACUGCAACACACACACACACACACACACACACACAGAGCUCACACUGAAAUUUUGCAAUUUUGCUCUCAUAGUAUGAAAUCAGACCAAGACAAGUUGGUGUUUGCAGCUUGAAAACUUCAAAAGCAUUUGAUCCAUGCUGAACCUGACACUCCUACUUCUGUUUGUGUCCAAUCUAACAAGGUGAAAACAUGUAAAGCUGGUGAUUAUGUGUGAGGCUGAAAUCCUCCCAUUUAAAGACUAGAGUUGCAAAGGAUUUCUGAUAAUGAAGCACUGGGCACAUUCCGGCCUGGUUUUUCUGUCUUACAUUCCUUUUAUUGAUUUUAUUUUUCUUUUCGUGCUGUACAAGGGCCAAUGUACGAUGUUGUGCGGCAUGGUUGGUGUGCUCUGAAGGCGACAGGAUGACUCCACAGUCUGGGUUUUAUUUAAACAUGUUUCUUACACUGAACUCAAAUCCGUUGAUAGGAAAUAAACUUUGAUGUUCCUUGUUACACUUAAAGGGACAGAUGUUUUUUCAAAAAAGAAAAAAAAAAGACAUGAAAACCAAAUGUGGUGUUAAGUGAAUUUUUAAUAAUGUACAGUUUUGGUGACUUUAAAUUUGUUCCUUUAUAUUUUUAGGACCAAUUCAUCAUUUUUAAGAGGAGGUAUUACAAGACUCUGUCGUAUUAAGGUGAUGUAACACGUGUGCAUCUGUAGAAUGUACUGUGAGUUGAAUAAAAACCACAUCUAGUAUA